GGACCGGAUAUCUCGAUGAAAAAAUUAUCUUGGCAGCGUCAGCGGGAAGAACAUUCGACGAUUACCGGACUAAGUGCAUGCGAAAGGAAGUCUUUUAUAUUCUUAAGGAAGGAGCUGCCAGUCCGACUGGCGAACAUUAUGAAGGAGAUCCACUUGCUGCCGGAGAACUUACUGAAAAUGCCUAGUGUGGGUAUAGUUAAUAAUAUGUACGCCACUUCGUUCGAGGAUAUAAUACAGUUCGAGAAGGUCGAAGUCAACGAGACCACUUUAGACAAAUUCUGUCAAACGCUAGUGAAGAUACGCAACAGGCACAAGGACAUCGUCGAGACGAUGGCUCAGGGAGUCCUGGAGCUGAAGGAAUCCCACGACGUCGACGCUCAAACGGGGAACAACAUUCAGUAUUUCUUGGACAGGUUCCUCAUGUCUAGAAUCUCCAUUCGCAUGCUCAUCAAUCAGCACACUCUGCUGUUCGGCAGCGAGUUGAACGGGCACAGUAGACACGUGGGAUCCAUAGACCCUUCGUGCGACGUUAUCGGCGUCGUGAAAGACGCCUACGAGAAAGCGAGGUUACUGUGCGAUCAAUAUUAUCUGGCUAGCCCGGAACUGAUAGUCAAACAACAUAACGAUCACGAACGAUGCAGCGAGAUCAGGAUAGUCUACGUGCCCAGCCAUUUGUUCCACAUGCUGUUCGAACUGUUCAAGAACAGCAUGCGCGCGGUGAUGGAGCACCAUCACGAAUCCGAGUCGGAGUACCCGCCGAUAGAGGUGAUCGUGUCCCGUGGAAAGGAAGACAUUUGCGUGAAGAUGUCCGACCGGGGCGGCGGCAUUCCUCGCUCUCAGAUGGACCAUUUGUUCAAAUACAUGUACAGCACAGCGCCCCGGCCGAGCGUGACCGACGCCCACACCGUCCCUCUGGCCGGUUACGGUUAUGGUCUUCCAGUGUCGCGAUUGUACGCCAGGUAUUUCCAUGGAGAUCUGGUUCUGCAGAGCUGCGACGGCUAUGGGACGGACGCCAUCAUAUACCUCAAGGCCCUGUCGAACGAGGCCAACGAAUUGUUGCCAAUCUUCAAUAAGACCUCGUCGAAAUUCUAUCGCACGCCGGUCUCCACCACCGACUGGAGCAGCCAAUGCGGGGGUGGCAUGGCCAACAGGCAGCUACGCAUGAGCGACGUGCAGAGGCACAAGCUUCCAUGAGGGUUGGAGGUUAGACACUGCUAGCGAAAUUUUACUUGUAUGGACCAAAGAAUGGGAGGAUAAGUGUCUCUAACCAAGUCCCACUUUCACCGUGAAAUCGAAAGGCUGGCAAUUUGAGAAUGAACAGGCAUGCAAUUAUCAAGAGGAACUUUGUGGGCCGCGGUUGAGACACAGCAUAUCAUGCUAAACAUUUCCCCUCGCCUGGACAGAUUCUGAAGAAAUGAAAGCUACGGCUGCCGAAUACGAGACGAGUUCCUGCCGAUCAACGGGAUGAUGUUCUUAAUGUUUCAAGACUCGUCCGGAGAUUCCGAGUAAUCACGUUUUAUUUUUUUAUACGCGGUUCUGUGUAAGUAUACUGUGCGUUUGUCGGAUCGACACUUCGAUUGUACGAUUGUGUAACUACGAAAGAAUUUCAUUGCGUUCCGACGGGAUCAUUUUUUUCGUCUGGGAGAGCGUCACGUGGUACGCGAACUGUGAUUUCGAGAACUGGAGGACGGUUCACUGUGUAAAAAAGAGAUCGGCGAUUUGUCGAUUGCUCGCGGGUGAGAGUUAGAGAACCGACGUAACGCGAAGUCGAGCAGAACUGGCCGAGAAAGGACUGUCGUAUCCGAAUCUCCGUCUCCAACCCCGAAAUGUAUUUUGUAUACCGUAAACGAGCAGAUUUCCGAGGAACUGUUCUGACUCCUCACUUUUCCAUGAACUUUUUAUAAGAGAAAUAUUUUUACCGACCGUUUCGUUUACGCACGCGACGAUACACACACACACACACUGUCAUAAACAGCAGCAACGCUUCGAGGAAUCCGAAGAAAAUUUUGAGCCUGAGAUUUCCUGCGUUUCUCGAGGCGUUACUGUGCCUAGCUACCUUGUAGAUUUUUUACCUGUUUACGUUGAACUUCACCGAAACGGGUUAACGUCCCUGCUGCAAGAAAAUGGAAAUGUACACGCGUCGACGGAAAGGUUUUGCAUGACUCACGUCUCGUUUGCAAUCGCUUGCGACGAAACAAGCGGGGAGACAAAAGCCAGAGGUCUCAACGAUUGUUCCUAGAUUCUAUUUUUCCGUAGAUUCUGUAUAAAAUUCAAGUAUGCGUGCGCGUGAGAAAUAGAGAGAGAGAGAGAGAGAGAGAGAGAGAGAGAGA